AUGACGGACGUUGCCCACCACUCCACCCCAAGCAAGUCCAUAUUGGUUGCACCACACAAGAACGGCCAGAGCCUUUCCGUGAACACGGUGCCGUCAGUAACACAGGCGGGCAGCUAUGAAUUUGACAGGAUCAUCAGGGCCGGGGAGCUGCUCAAGCGGAGGAGGAAGACGAAGGUGCGUACUGCUUUCCCAAGACGCACGCGAGCAGCUGGCUGAGGGCACGUGCAGUCGUGGAAACCCAUCUACAUAGUCCUACGGCCCAAUUUACUGUCCAUCUACAAGGACAAGCAGGAAUCGAAGCUGCGACAUCAGAUCAACCUUUCCGAACUCACGGCAGUCGCACGACAGAAGGAUUCCAAGCGAAGAGAGAAACAUGUCUUCGCUCUCUUUUCCCCUUCGCGAAAUUACCACCUCGAAGCACAUUCGGACAAAGAGGCGCAAGAAUGGGUAGAAUGUAUUCGGAGAGAAGCCGGAAUGGACGAACAUGAAGAGGAGUUCGAAUUGGCCAGUCCGGGGGGCGCAUACACACCAUACAGCGGAUUCGAGCGGAGCAUAGACGCGAACAUCAGUCCCUCGGCGGAUGAACGAGCAGCAGGAUACAGCUCCUCUGACGCCGACGCAUUCUUCCCGAGCCAGUCCCUACCGAAGACACGAGAUCGUCGCAGUACGAACAUGAGUGCCAACAGAAGGACAUCGCAAUUGGAAUACUCGGGUGCCGACCACGGCUCGUAUUCGGACUUCUCAGACUGCUUCCCAGCGCGAAUGUCAGCACUGUCCCUUGCUCAUACUGAUGGACGUCCUUCAACGAGUAGCACUCAGACCCCUCAGGUCGGCUCAUUGCCCGCCUCAUCAAUCUACGGCCAAACGCCGAUCCGGCCUUCAAUCGGCAUCAGGAAUCCCAGUCAGAUGUCCGGACUGGCUCUAGGGGCUGAUGGGAAGCAGAGCUCGGUGGCCUCCGAUGAGCGAAUCGUAUGCCACGGCUGGAUAUACCUCCUGAAGUCGACUUCAGGCGUGCGACAGUGGAAGAAGGUGUGGAUGGUUCUGCGGCCGAAGCAACUCGCCAUUUACAAGAACGACGAAGAAUACACAGCACAGAUUAUCAUGCCAUUCGCCAGCAUAAUCGACGUCGUGGAAGUCGAUCCUAUAUCGAAGAGCAAGGUUUCUUGCAUGCAGAUCAUCAGCGAGGAGCGGAAUUAUCGAUUCUGCGCGACGGAUGAAGAGAGCCUGACGAAGUGGCUGGGUGCUUUCAAGAGCCUACUGUCGAAGCGCAAAGUGAAUAAAUCGACGCCGCCGCCGCCUGCACAUUCAUGACACUGACGACAUAUACCCCCUGCGAAUGCGUUUUCUGGAUCUUGUGUACAUAAUUCUCGGGAGAAUCUCAAGAGUUUGGCAUAUGUCUGAUCCGAGAUGGCUGCAAAGGACGAAGGAUGGAGACCAUUUGCUCAUUUCACCGAAUAGAUGAUACGAAUGUGAUUCUGCUGACUGGACAUAGUUGUCGCACCGGCCGUCCGGAGAGGUAUGAGAGCUACUGCAGGUACGCAUCGAAGCGACAUCAUCCUUGAAGUUUACUACCUCGGCUCUCAAGCAUCAAGCAUACCGCUCGAAGUAUUGCAGCUAUGGAUGAUAUUCCAUAGACUGGUUGCUACUGAUUGGCCCCCCAACGCUAUAACUCGCUCAUCGUCAAGCUGGAAUGGUCUGCGCACCCCCUCCACUCCAAAGACCUCCAUACUAACAGUGUCCUCGAGCCUCCUUCAAAGCAGAACCCCCUCAACGUCGGCCUCUGCGGUGCAGGCAUAGGCGGGCUCGCAGCAGCCAUUGCCAUCGCUCGAGCCGGCUGCAAUGUCACGGUUCUCGAAGCGGCUGCCGAACUAGGCGAAAUCGGAGCCGGGAUCCAAAUGACGCCGAACGUUUCCCGGCUUCUGAUCAAAUGGGGAGUAGCGGAUAUUAUUGGGGAUGAUCUGGUGCAGUGCAAGUAUAUCAACAUGAGAAGAAAAGAUGGGGAGGUUGUGCAGAGGACGGAGCUUCAUCCCAAGGUUGUGAGGGAGUUUGGGUUUCCGGUGCGUGCUUCAGCUUUGGUCCACAUCGAAGAGAGAAGAAAGAGCUAACAGGUAUUUAGUGGUGGAUGGUCCACCGCCAUCACCUGCAUACCGGACUCGCAGAGGGCGCGAGAAGACACGGCGUGAAAAUCAUCACAGACGCCCGCGUCACCAACAUCAACGACGCCACCACCCCCGUACAAGUCCAAACCUACAAAGGCGAUACUUACACUUUCGACCUCUUGAUCGGCAGCGACGGCCUGAAGAGCGUCGCCCGCAAACAUCUCUUCCCAGAAGUCGUCCCGAGAGCACCAACCAACAACGCAGCCUACCGCGCCGUCCUGCCCUACGAAUACGUCUACUCGCACGCCCCGUUGGCCCGCGAUUUCGGCAACGACAUCGACGUCUGGGCCUACGAAAAGGGAUACGUGAUCAUGUAUCCCAUCUCCGCCGGCAAGGACUGGAACGCCGUCAUGUCGCACUAUCGCGACGUCCCCGUAACCGACGUCGAAGACAACUGCUCGAUGGAGGAGAUGGUAGAGUACUUCAAAGAUAUCGAUCCCCGCUUAUUACAGAUUCUGCGCCUGGUGAAGGAAUCGAAACGUUGGCCGUUGCUUGUCACGGGUCCGUUGGAGAGCUGGUCGAAUGCGCAGAGGAAUGUCGUCUUGAUGGGCGAUGCGGCGCAUAGCAUGGUCAACCACCUCGCCCAGGGAGCGGCCACGAGUAUGGAAGACGGUGCUUUUCUGGGUCGCGUGCUCGGCGAAGUGGUCCACAACGUCCUGACCCUCCCGGAAGCGAUGGAUCUCUACGAGAAAACUCGCAUGCCGCGCGCCUGGGCGAAGCAGCAGGCCUCCUUCAUCAUGGGCGGCAUCUACAUGGCAGAAGAAGACGCGCGCGGCAACGCACGAGAUGCGAGUUCCCGCGCCUCCGUGCGGCAGACCACCGCCAUGGAAGAAGUCCGCAAUCUAGACAGCAAGCGAGCCAUCACGGGUCCGGAUGCCAAUUCGAAGUCUUGGAAUCUCUGGGGCGCGCCGGAGACGGUCCAGAGUAUCUUCUCGUACGAUGCCGAAGGUGAUGCGGAUUUCGCGGUGAUUCGGUAUUUGCAGGAGACGAGGCCGUGGGAUCGGGUUACGGGGGUUAGCUCUGGGUUGGAGAGGAAGUGGACGGGGUGGUAUUUGCCUGAGGAGGAGGUGGGGAGGAUUGCGAGGAGUCGGGGGGUGAAAUUGUGA